GGCCCGCUGUCGCACACGGUGGACCAGCUCUCUGACCUCCUCCGCGCCGGGAUGGCGUGCGCGCGGUUCGACUUCACGACCGGAAGCCGCACGUUAGAGGACCACCUCGACACGCUGAAAAACCUGAACGAAGCGCGAAGGCGAACGAAGCACAUGUGCGCGGUGUACUGCCACGUCGGCGGGAACGUCUUCGCGGUGAGCAAGCGAACGAAGGACACGAGAGUCGCGUUUACCGCGGGCCAGACGGUCACGCUGACGCACGGCGCGCCGACGUGCGACGGCAGCGACGUGCUGCCGAUGGGGAGCAACUCCGUGGAGGACGAGCUCGACUUCACGACGUCGUUUUCCGCGGGCGACGUCGUCAACGUGCACCCGUACCUUUGGGCGGGCGAGAGCGCGUCCACCGCGGAGCUCGAAGUCGAGAGCGUGAGCGAGGAGGUGGUGACGUGUCGGUGCCGGAACAGCGCGGAGAUUCCGCAGGAGUGCGAGAUGAUGAGCGUGAACUUCUCCAAGGGGGCGAAGAACGUCAUCAACGCGUGCGACGAAGGCAACUUGAAGCGAUUCGCCGUGCCGAACAACGUGGACUUCGUCUCCUGCGGUGCGAUACGCUCCGCGGAGACGCUGCGGAUGUUGAAGCAGCUUCUGAAGCAGUGGGGGCUCCCGAAGACGCGAGUGAUCGCGCACGUGGAUAACCUCCACGCGUUGCGUGAUUUAAAAGACGUGGUCACCGAGUCCGAGGUCGUGCUGUUAGCCCGCGGCGAGCUCGGCGCGGUGAUCGAGCCUGAGAAGAUGUUCGCGAUUCAAAAGACUGUCCUCAGGACGUGUGAACGCAUCGGCCGGCCGUGCGUGGUGACGCGGCUCAUGGACAGCAUGGUGUUCGCGCCGCGGCCGACGCGCGCGGAGGCGACGGACGUCGCGAACAUCGUCCUCGACGGCGCGGACGGAUUACUGCUCGGGCUCGAAACGCUUCAAGGGAUGUUCCCGCUGCCGUGCUUGCAGACCGUCAUCUCGAUCGCGCGCGAGGCGGACGCGGUGUACGACUACGAGAGCCGGUACCGCCGACAGAUGCAGCAAGUGAACGAGAAGCUCGCGGCGAAAGAAGCGCUCGCGGCCGCGGCGGUGCAGACCGCGUAUCACGUCGAAGCGAAGCUCAUCGUCGUGUUCUCGCACACCGGGGAGACGACGCGGCUGGUCGCGCGGUAUCACCCGCACUGCGUAGUGUUGUCGUUGUCGAUUCCCACGGUGCGAGGCGGGACGUUGAAAUGGACAGUCGAGGGCGACCAGGAAGCGCGGCAGCAGAUGCUGUAUCGCGGCGUCGUCCCCGCGCUCAGCGCCGGGCAGCCGAGCGCGAUCGACGAGGAGGACGACAGCGACGAAGAGUACGACACGAUCGAAGACGCCGGGCAGUCGCGGACGGAUCGCGAGGCGAUGACGACGGCGCACGAGCUCGGGCUGAUCAAACCCGGCGAGCUCGCGGUGUUCUGUCAGCUCAUCGGCGGGCUGUCCACGGUCAAGGUCGUCGAUUUCGCGGGCCUGGACGGCGGCGUCGCGACGACGUUCUCCCCGACCGCGUCCAGGAGCAGCUCGCCGAGUUUGUUCGCGAGCGGGUCGCCGAGGAGCGGGGGACGCGCGGCGGGGAACGUCGGGAAUUUGGGCGGCGUCGGGACGUCCACCGACCUCGCGCGUCUGAACAUCGUCGACGUCGCGGAGAUCAUGUCGGGCGACCCGGAUUUGAUGCAGAGAUCGCCACCGCUGGUGGUGGGCGGGGGGCCGAAGAGACCGCCGCGGGGGCCGGCGGCGCGAGGGAGCUCGUUCAGAAGCCGCGGGAGCCGGUCGUCGAUGUCGUCGAUGGCGUCGACGAAGGAGAAAUAG